GUGCUCCUAUCAAGAAGCUUUCGCUUUCCAUCGCCUGAGACACUCAAAGAAGGAAUCCAUCUCUGCCCUAGUCUCUAUUUUACAGCGCCAUAAACAGCCACCGUCACUGGUAUCUCUCUCUCCCUUUUCUAAUUAUGCUUUCAAGAACACAGUCAUAUAGAGAAAUAACAAGAACAACAACAUCAAGAAAAUCCAGGGUUUCUCCGAUCCUCCAUAGAAAAGAACCUAACAGACAUAAAAAAUCUCUUCUUGUUAUGCACCCCUUUUGCCUUAUUUAGUGGGCCUAUACUUUCUCUUACACAAAUUCCUAACUUGGGUUUUUCUUGUUUUGUCUAAUUCAGUGGUUCUUGUUUGUUUUUGUUGUUGUCGUUGUUGUUAAAUUGUUGUUGAAGUUUGUUUUAGGGUUUUAAGAUGGGUGAUUUUGAUGAUACCCGAAAUAUACGAAACAUGUGCAUACUAGCACAUGUUGAUCAUGGCAAGACAACUCUUGCUGACCAUUUAAUUGCUGCAACGGGUGGGGGUUUGCUUCACCCUAAAUUAGCUGGGAAACUUAGGUUUAUGGAUUUUCUUGAUGAGGAACAAAGGCGUGCGAUAACGAUGAAGAGCUCGUCGAUUUCUCUUCAUUAUAAGGAUUAUUCAGUCAACCUUAUAGAUUCACCUGGUCAUAUGGAUUUUUGUAGUGAGGUUUCAACUGCUGCGAGGUUGAGUGACGGGGGAUUGGUUUUGGUUGAUGCUGUUGAGGGGGUACAUAUACAGACACAUGCUGUUUUGCGUCAAGCUUGGAUUGAGAAGCUUACGCCUUGUUUAGUGCUUAAUAAGAUUGAUAGGUUGAUAUGUGAGUUGAAAAUGAGUCCGAUGGAAGCCUAUAAUCGGUUGGUGAAGAUUGUUCAUGAGGUGAAUGGGAUAAUGAGUGCUUAUAAGUCGGAGAAGUAUUUGUCUGAUGUUGAUUCAAUACGUGCUGGGCCCUCUGGUGAGGGUGAGGAUGAGAAUCUUGAGUUUAUAGAGGAUGAUGAGGAGGACACUUUUCAACCACAGAAAGGGAAUGUGGCAUUUGCUUGUGCACUGGAUGGGUGGGGUUUUACUAUUCAUGAGUUUGCUGAGUUUUAUGCCACAAAGCUUGGAGCAAGUUCAGCUGCAUUGCAGAAGGCUCUCUGGGGUCCUAGGUAUUUCCAUCCGAAGACAAAGAUGAUUACGGUGAAGAAGUUUGUGGAUGCAGGCAGCAGGGAGCGUCCUAUGUUUGUGCAGUUUGUGCUGGAACCACUGUGGCAAGUUUACCAAUCUGCUUUAGAGCCUGAUGGGAAUAAAGGCUUACUCGAGAAAGUCAUAAAAUCAUUUAAUUUGAAUGUACCACCCCGUGAGCUUUUGAAUAAGGAUCCAAAGGCUGUGCUGCAAUCUGUUAUGAGUCGCUGGCUUCCUUUGUCAGAUGCAAUUUUGUCGAUGGUUGUGAAGUGCAUGCCGGAUCCAAUUGCAGCUCAAUCCUUCCGGAUAUCACGUUUGAUUCCCAAGAGAGAAGUUUUGCUUGAUGGGGUCGACUCUAGUGCUCUUGCAGAGGCGGAUCUUGUUAGAAUGUCUAUUGAGGUUUGUGAUUCCAGUCCUGAAGCACCUUGUGUUGCUUUUGUAUCCAAAAUGUUUGCCGUCCCAACAAAAUUGUUACCUCAAAGGGGUUUGAAUGGGGAGAUUCUGAGCAAUUUUAGUGAUGAAAAUGGAAACAGUGAAUCAGAUGAGUGUUUCCUUGCAUUUGCUAGAAUUUUUAGCGGGGUUCUUUGUUCUGGACAAAGAGUCUUUGUGCUUUCAGCAUUGUAUGACCCAUUGAAGGGGGAGUCAAUGCAGAAGCACAUACAGGUGGCUGAGCUGCACUCGUUGUAUCUAAUGAUGGGUCAAGGCUUGAAACCAGUGGCUUCUGCAAAGGCUGGGAAUGUUGUGGCGAUCCGAGGCCUUGGCCAGCAUAUAUUGAAAAGUGCAACUCUAUCAUCCACCAAAAACUGCUGGCCUUUCUCAAGCAUGGCAUUCCAGGUGGCCCCAACUCUGAGAGUUGCUAUUGAGCCUUCUGAUCCAGCUGAUUCUGCUGCUCUGAUGAAAGGUUUAAAGCUUCUGAACCGGGCCGAUCCAUUUGUGGAGGUUACUGUUUCCUCUAGAGGGGAACAUGUUCUGGCUGCUGCUGGAGAAGUUCAUCUGGAAAGGUGCAUUAAGGAUUUGAAAGAGAGGUUUGCAAAAGUGAGCCUGGAAGUCUCUCCACCUCUUGUGUCCUAUAGGGAGACUAUUGAGGGAGAAGCGUCCAAUAUGUUGGAUAACCUGAAAUCAUCAACUAGAAGCUCAGAUUAUGUUGAGAAGAUGACACCGAAUGGAAGAUGUGUUGUUCGUGUGCAAGUCAUGAAACUUCCAUCUGCACUAACCAUGGUGCUUGAUAAAAGCACUGAUCUAUUAGGAGAUAUUAUCGGUGGUAAGCUGGGGCAGUCAGCUAGCAACUUGGAAACAGAGAGAUCAAACAUUGUGCAAGAUGAGAGUCCAGUUGAAGUUCUAAAAAAACGCAUAAUGGGUGCUGUGGAGAGUGACAUUUUGUCAUUGAGUAAGAAGGACAAGGAUCGGGCUGAAAAGUACAAACUUAAGUGGCAAAAGUUUCUAAAGAGGAUCUGGGCACUUGGACCGAGACAAGUUGGCCCUAACAUCCUCUUCACUCCUGAUUCCAAAAGCUUGAGCAAUGAUUCCUCUGCUCUUGUACGGGGUUCCCCUCACGUUUCUGAAAGGUUGGGGCUGGUGGAAUGUUUUGGUAAUGGUGAAAUGCCUGCUGACACAUCCUCAGAAGAGCUCAGUGCAUUAUACAGGGAAGCAGAGAGUCUUCAGAACAGUGUAGUGUCUGGAUUUCAACUAGCAACAGCAGCUGGCCCCUUAUGUGAUGAACCAAUGUGGGGACUGGCUUUUGUUGUUGAGGCCAGCAUAAAUCCUUUGGCUGAGAAAUUUGAUGAUUCCGAGUCUAAUCAACAAUCUGAGCAGUAUGCGAUCUUCACUGGACAGGUAAUGACAGCUGUGAAAGAUGCAUGUAGAGCAGCUGUGCUUCAGAAGAAACCUCGGCUUGUUGAAGCAAUGUAUUUUUGUGAGUUGAACACCCCACCUGAAUAUCUGGGCUCUAUGUAUGCUGUGCUUAAUCAGAAACGAGCCCAGGUCUUAAACGAGGAAAUGCAGGAAGGAUUUGCACUUUUCUCGGUUCAAGCAUACGUCCCGGUUUCUGAAAGCUUUGGUUUCGCUGAAGAUCUUAGAAGAAAGACUGCGGGUGCUGCAAGUGCUCUUCUUGUACUGAGUCACUGGGAAGAACUUUCUGAGGAUCCUUUCUUUGUACCUAAAACAGAAGAGGAGAUUGAAGAGUUUGGAGAUGGUUCUAGUGUUCUUCCUAACACAGCAAGAAAGCUCAUUGAUGCUGUAAGGCGGCGGAAGGGCCUCCCUGUGGAGGAAAAAGUAGUCCAGUUUGCAACUAAACAGAGGACCCGUGCUCGUAAAGUGUAGAAUUUGUUAACCAAAUAUUUUCACAAGCUUGUAACAGAUAGACAGGCAUUUUACAUUCUUUGUUGGGCACUCUUUCCUUUAACAAAAUUUCUCCUUUUUUAGCAUAAAAA